AUGUUGGGGCGUGGACCAGGUCUGGGCGCAAGAGGCAUUAGUGCCAUCAAGCAGCUGCUGAGGCACGGGGGAGUUGGGGGCCAUGAGGUCUGGUGCAUUGAUGCGGAUCGCACAUCCAUGGACAUGCCCACAGCCAACAUCCACAUACUGGAAACAGAUGGGAGUGGAAAGCCCAAGGCAGUGCUGAGUAACGAUGUUCUGAGGCGCAUCGUUGGAGAGGGUGCGCGAGACCGCGGAGGCAAGGGGAAUGCCAAUGUGGGCGAUGGAGGGGUCGCCUUUGUGCUCACCUCUGCCAGCGCUGCUCCAGGCAGCACAGACCUUAAACUGCUGGCUGAGACACAGCGUGCAAAGCAGGUGCUGCAACUGGUGGGGGAGCUGCGAGCAGCCGGCAUAUUCACGGUUGCAGCCGUCACCAGGCCCUUCAAUUUCGAGGGACCCCGCAAGAUCGAGGCGGCCGACCGCCUCAUAGGCUCCCUGAAGCCAUGCGCGCACCUCGUCGCAGAAGUGUUGGCGGGGGUGCGCACGGGGGCGGCUGGGUCGCCGAUGACGAUGGCGGACGCGACGCGGUUUGCGGACAAUGCUCUGGAGCACAUGGUGCGCACGCUGGGGGCCGCGCUGGCAGCGCCGCAGAUCCUGGAGUCCACGCAGGGCGCCCUGCGCUGGGACGGCCUUCAGUACGAGCGCCGCUACCGCCGCCUGCUCUCCCCGCCCCUGCACCGCCUGCUCACCCAGCCAGGCAUAGCAGCGCUUGGGCGUGGGGGUGCGGCGAUGCCGGCGCACAGCGCAGGGAGCAUGGGGCCAAAGGAGUCCCUGAUGCAGCUGGCCUCGGAGGCCGUGCGCGUGGCCGCCCAGUCACCCUUCCUCGAGAACGCCGUCGGCCGCGCGCGCGCCGUCCUCUGCUGCCUCUACCUGCCCCCUGUUGUGCAGCGCGCUGCAGGGGAGGCAAGUGGGAGCAGCAACGCUACCGAGGCGCACGCUGCACGCAUGGCGGUGCAGGCGGCGGCUGGAGCGCUGUCGCUGGCGUGCCCGUGCGAUAACAUCGUCAUGUGUGCGGUACCCGCCGGCGCCGUGGGCACCUCUCAGGAUGGCAGCCCAUCUGGGACCGUGGAGGUGCAGGCGUCACUGCUGGUCCUGCACGACCCCAAUGCACCCAGCAUCCCCUUGCCAAUGCAGACCGCUCCAGCCGCCUCUGCUCCCCGCAGGCCGCCCGCUCGCAUGCCCCCGCGCGACCACAAACUGCCAGCCAGCACCUGGACAGCCAUGUCCGCCCUCGCAGGUGGAACGGUGAGGAGUGUGCCGCCACCGCAGCCUCGCCAGGCGAGCAAAGGGAAGGGGCAGCAGAGGCGUGAGAGCGCGCCCGUCCCCGCGCAGCAGCAGCAGCCGGCAGAGGAGAGCGCUCAGGGGGAGCGCGUCACUGUCGGCGACUUCCUGGUUGACUCCCUGACCGCGCAGUCUCUGGACCUGCCACCGCAGGCCGCCAAGUGGCGGCAGCAGCAGCGGAUCGCGGCGGGCGGGGAGCGGCCGCGGGUGAUCAUCCGGGAGGCGGGAGCGGCCGGCGCGCUGGGUGCCGAGGAGGGCGCGCCGGAGGGGGGACCCCUGGAUGCGGCGCUACGCAGCCUGCUGCGCAUGCCGGCCGAGCGGGCGAUGGAUGCGCGCGAGCGAACCUCCGGCAUCCUCGAGCGCGACCGCGGCGAGCUCUGGGACGCCCCUGACUGA